CACACACACACGUCUCUACAGCAUCACCAUGUUCUUCUGCUGGGGCGAUUCAUCCAGAGGACAGCUCGCUUUCCCCGGCACUGGAGGGACAGGCAUCACCACACCGACUUCAGUCAACUUUACUGAACAACUCGUUCAGAUAUCUUGUGGAGAACAGCACACUUUAUUCCUGACAGCAAGUGGACAGGUGCUGUCCUGUGGCAGAAACUCUAAAGGACAGCUGGGACGCUCCAAGAGCAGAGACACCAAACUGCCAGAGAAGAUUGAAGGCUUGGGAGGUGUAGCUGCAAUAGCAUGUGGACAGGACCACAGUUUGGCUCUGUGCGAUUCAGGUCAAAUAUUUUCCUGGGGAGCGGGUGGAGACGGUCAGCUGGGCCACAGCAAUUCUGUGGCAAAAUGUCUCAAACCAUUACCAAUCCUGAUACAUUUACCUUUCAAUAUCCCAGUGGUGCAGGUGGCUUGUGGAGAUUUCCAUUCUUUGGCUCUAACCAAGGGAGGUGAAGUCUUAUCAUGGGGUCAAAAUAAAUAUGGGCAGCUGGGACUGGGGCAAGAAGUGGACCUGCAGCCAAACCCUGCUCUGGUACGAUCUCUUGUUGGAGUUCCAGUCGUUCAGAUCUCUGCUGGUGGAGCCCACACACUGGCACUGGCUCUCCCAGCUCAGGUGUUCUGCUGUGGAGCUAACAGUGUUGGACAGCUGGGUCUUAACAGGACAGAUAUAAAAGGCCGAUUUAAAGUAUGUGCAGUUCCAGCUUUGAGGAACUUGGGGAUUUCUUCCAUCAGCUGUGGAGCGGCUCACACUGCUGUCAUGACUAAGGCUGGAGAGGUAUACACAUUCGGAGAGGGAACUCAUGGUCAACUUGGGCACAACUCCACCAAUAAUGAGCUUCUACCCCGGAAAGUUGAAGGCAUUGACGGACCUGCUAAACAAGUAACCUGUGGCAGCCACCAUACUCUGGUUCUGAUGCCAUCUGGUCUCCUCUUCACAUUUGGCCGUGAUGUCCAAGGUAAGGCAAGUGGUGGCACUGAAAACAGCCUGCAGCCAGUAAGAUUGGAAGGAGAUUGGAGCAGCUCAGGAGCAGGGCCACACACAGAAAUGAAGAUAUCAUCUGGCUACAGUUCCAACUUUCUUUUCGUUCCAUCUUCCAAGACCAAUAUUCUUGGAGAGCCAAUUGGAAAACUUGAAGAGGCCCAAGUGCAGAGAUGGGUUACAAUGUUGGAGUGUGAAAGAAGCAUCAAAGAAAUUAAAAGGGAGAUUUCCUUGACUUUUGCCACAAGUUCAAAUCUCGUUGCCUGCUUCAUAAAAGACAGGAAUACUCCAGGUACUAUUCAGGUUGAUUUGAAUGCAGCUAGCGAGACCUUUGACCAGCUCCUGAUGAUUCCCUGGAUCAAGAACUCAGUGAACAUCACACAUGUGGUGGAUAUUCUUUUGUAUUCUGCUAAAGUGAUAAGGUGUCCUGAGAUCUUCCUGCUUCUGCCUACAUGCUCCAUUCUUCAUGAACAGCACAAUAUCAUAAGCCUGGUGCUGCCGUUAGCUGUAGCCAUCACGGACCUCAAUGAGACUGCCAUGAAAAGCUUGAAGGAGCGCUGGGCCUCCAUGGAUGCCAGCAUUAUGACCAAGAACAUCCGCAUGUGGAAACAAGCGCUUGCCUUCCUCCUGAAGUCUAACCUAUGGAUAAAUUUUAACCCUGGUGUGAAAGCAGUGCUGGAAGUCCUUAAGUUACUUUACAAGGAAAACAGAAGGGCAGAGAAGUCAAGGAAGGUUCCACUUAGUGAGUUCUACAUAGAAGAGAUCGGCACCACGCCUCAGUUACUCGAAGAAGAUGUUAUGCUGUGGAACCUCAUUAAAUGGGAAAUGGUUCAGGAAGUGGAUCAGACAUCUGCCAUUUUCUGCCGUUAUCCAUUUCUCAUGGACCUGACAAGCAAAAUCAGCAUUUUCAAAUACAUUGCUAAAAUUACCAAGUCGGCUCAUCAGGUUGUCCACAACAGUGUGAUGCUUGGCGGAUUCUUUCGGGACCUAUACAAUUGCGAGGCUCCGACACCGAUCCUCCAGCUGAAAGUGAGACGCACUGCACUGCUUGAGGACACAUUCAGACAACUUAACAAUGCUGAUCAUGACAACUUCCGCAAAGCUCUAGUGGUGCAGUUUGUAGAAGACUCCAGACUGACAGAGGUGCACAAACGGGAUUUUUUCCUCCAUGCAUUUAAUGAGCUUUUGGCGCCUAAAUCAGAGAUGUUCAUGUACAAUGACAAGCAAACAAUGAUCUGGUUCCCUGCCAAGCCAACGCUUGAAAUAAAACAGUACUUCCUGUUUGGGAUCCUCUGUGGCCUGGCCAUCUACAACGACAACAUAGUGCAUAUGCCAUUUCCUCUGGCCUUGUUUAAGAAGCUGGUCAAUGUAAAGCCCACUCUGGAGGAUAUGAUUGAGUUCAGCCCUGUGAUCGGAAAAAGUUUGCAUUGCAUUCUCCAUGAAUACCCUGAUGAUGUUGUUGAUGACUUGAACAUCUCUUUCUGUGUGCCCUGGGAUGGUGCUGAUGUGGAGCUGGAGUCCAAUGAAAAAGGAAAAUCAGUGACACGCGAUAACAAGAAGGAGUUUGUGAAGGCAUAUGUAGAUUACGCUCUGAACAAGUCAGUGGAGCGGGUGUUUAAUGAGUUUAAGAGGGGAUUCUACAAAGUGUGUGAUGAAGACGUGGUGAACUUCUUCCAGCCAGAGGAGCUCAGAGGAGUGAUGGUGGGCACAGAGGAAUACGACUGGGACACUUUCAGACAGAAUACAAUAUAUGCUGGACAGUACCAUGUGAGACACCCUACUAUCAUUGCAUUCUGGGAGGUAUUUGAGGAGCUGACGCAUGAACAAAAGAAAGCCUUUCUCUUGUUUCUGACGGGCUGUGAUCGUGUACCCAUCCUUGGGAUGGAGCAGGUUAGGAUGACCAUGUUGGACCGUCCUAACUUCACCCAGGACCACCUGCCGGAGUCCCUCACCUGCCAUUCUUAUUUCAUGCUCCCUCCAUAUGAGAACAAGCAGCGUCUAGAGGCAAAGCUUAUUGAAGCAAUAAACCACAACCGAGGCUUUUGGAUAGAAGAUACAACAACUGGAUGAAUUCAUCCUUGAAUAUUGUCAUACAUUGUUCUAAAUCUUAUGCACCAUGCACUUAGCACCAAAGGUAUAUAUGCAUAGUACUGUGCAAAAGCCUUAGGCACCUUUUCUCUUUUUUUCCCAUACAACCUUAGUUAUAGAUUUCUGUUUUAUGACAUCUACAUUAUUGAGUCAGUACAAAAACAUUUUAGAGUCCAAACGUUCAUUUUCCAGCACAAAAUUAAAUGUUACAGACAAAAAAAAAAUUGUAUCUGAGCAGUAUAUUACAUGAGAGACCUCUUUUCAGAUUAAAAAAGAAAACAUAACGAAGGCUGCUGGGUUUUGGAGCAAAAUGAAGAAGCAAGUGUGACAGUCAAAGUGUCCAGAAGAACUGUGGCUGGUUCUGUAAGAUGUUCAGUAAAACCUACAGCUCAUUUCCGCAUAAAACUGCACUCAUUGUACCUAAGCCAAUUUUUUUUAAAGCAAAGGGUCAUC